AUGGGAGGCUCAUUAUCACGUCUAUGGUCGUUGAUCUGGACCAAGAAGGAGAUUCGGAUCCUAAUCCUGGGACUUGAUAAUGCUGGAAAAACGACCCUGCUGUACAGACUUAAGAUCGGUGAAGUCGUCACAACGAUACCUACCAUUGGAUUCAAUGUCGAGUCGGUCUCAUAUCGCAACCUGAACUUCAAUGUCUGGGAUCUCGGUGGUCAAACAUCCAUUCGCCCGUAUUGGCGCUGUUACUAUGCCAACACCGCGGCCGUGAUUUUCGUCAUCGACUCCACAGAUAUCGAGCGUCUGGGUACUGCAGCAGAUGAACUGGCUGCCAUGCUGAACGAGGAGGAGCUACGUGAUGCGGCACUAUUGGUGUUUGCCAACAAACAGGACCAGCCUGGGGCGAAGGGCGCAGGCGAGAUCUCGGAGGCAUUGAAACUAGGAGAACUCCGAGACCGAAACUGGAGCAUCGUUGCUUGCUCUGCCAUCGACGGCAAGGGUAUUAGCGAGGGCAUGGACUGGCUGGUGCAAACUAUCCAGUCCGAAAACGCAUAA